AUGUCCUUAUCAGAAUCGAGAAGCACGACUAUCCGCGUUGAAUCUACUCAAGAUCCUACUUUCGCCGAUCUUCCUUGGUAUCGCUGGUGGCUUUUCCAACAGACCCGAAGCCAGCCACAGCGUCUGUUUCUGUCUCUUCCGAAUAUGCGGUGCGACAAGGAAGCGGAAUUGGACACAUACUUCCUUCCCUUGUGGAACAAGGUCAAAGAGCUUCUUUUGGUACCGGAGCCGAAGACCAUCGACGGCAUUACGGACACACUUGUCCAACACGGCAUUCUGUCCAUCAAGGACAAUUAUGAGGCCUAUCAGUCAGCCAAGGAACUUGUCUUCUCAAUUCUGGGCUGGCAGACAAUGCUCUACAAGCCCCAAGCUACAUCUUGUACCACCGGAGAUUUCAACAUUCUCGAUGAGACGGACAAGUAUCAGGGCGAAGCGCGGCUGCGGCUCAGCCAGUCCUCUAUCUCGGGCAAAUAUGACCUUCCCAGCUUUCUCCUUGGGUUUGGCAUGAUGCUCCCGCCGCCACAAUACUGUGCCUUUGACGACGCGGAUGACAGGCAACUGUUUAACGUUACGAAGCAAAUCAUCACUAAAGAACUUAACGCACACAUAUUGACCAAGAUCUGCGGCAUCAAACUUCGGUGGGUCGACUCGAUCUCCUGCCAUCUGGAACUGGACAGACAUUCCGGCACUCUCUUUCUCUAUCGAUAUCCCUCUUUCUGUGUUUCGAAUCUUCAAUUACAGAGCCCAACGGCCCAAGGUGGAAGCGCUAUUCACCGAUGCGGGUUGACUCUACCAGGAUCACUACCCUGGGCGACUGAGAAUGAUGUUACGGAGCUGCUUCGGGAGAUUCUACUCUCCUAUCGCUUGCUCUUUGGUCAGAGCCGGCGAUCGAGAAGUCUGUUCCGAAAGCUGCAGCCGUUUGCACGCAUACCUCCUGAAGGGCAUGACUCUUUCCUGUCCCUGAUAUGCGGCAAGAAGAGUCUCAACUGUCCCAUUGCUCUGGUUGAGCGAGAAGAGUACGACGUGGCUGGCGACUUUCCGCACCUUCGCAGCAGAAUCGUCCGACUGGCCAGCUACGCUUCAAACAAGAAGCCUCGCUCCAUUCGACAGCUAUGGCGAGAUAAGCGCGAUUCGACCACUUGGCUCGCGUUCUGGAGCGUCCUCAUUAUUGGUUCAGUGAGCAUUGUAUUGGGAUUGAUUCAGACUGUGUUCCAGAUUAUGCAAUACGCUCUUGCCCUUCACCAGGGGAGGUCCUGA